CAGCACCGUCGCCUUCUUUGCAGUUCGCAGCGCAGUCGCCUUCCUCCGUUGCAGCGUCGUCGCCUUCCUCAGUCCGUUGCUGCCAUCAUCCUCCACACCUUCCUCCACGCUCUCUGAAUCUCUAGAAUGGAACGCCUCAGCUCCGGGGUGGAGGAACUUCAAAUUACUUGAUUUUUAUUAUCACCAUGUUUUGAUUUUAUGUUGAUUCUGUUGCCAUAAAAUCAAAUGCCCAGUAACAACAGUAAAUAUCAUUGUUACAAACCCAAACCUGUUAUUCUUCCCAGAACAUGCGUCUUCGCUACCCUCACAUGUUACUUGCCACCAUGUCCAUGACCACCCAUCCUUUCUUCCGUCCCACUGGCACCCAUCCAUUCUCACCUCAACUGCACCAUUUUAACCCCUGCAGAUCCAUUUUUACUAUCCUCUGUUCCAGACCACCCCUUUCCAAGAACCAUCCAUUGCCCUCGCCACUCACAUCCAACGGCUAUUCUCGUUCUUCUCAUGCCACUGUCCCCAGGCCAGUUCAUUUGGAGAACCCGGACGAGAAUGAGAAAGAGAGGCGAUUCAAUUCGCUGAAAUACAAGUUGGAGGCUGUUGGGUUGGAUACUGGAAUUUGUGUACCCGGCCAGUACAAUCAUUUGCUUUGUCCAAUGUGUGAAGGUGGUGAAUCAGGAGAAAGAAGCUUAUCUCUGUUCAUUGCACACGAUGGCGGGUCUGCUGCAUGGGUGUGUUUUCGUGGAAAAUGUGGGUGGAGAGGUAGCACACAGGCCUUCGCUGACAGCCAUUCACUCUCUACAGCAACGAGUCAAGUAGCCCAGGUUAAGAAAAAAAGAGAAAUUACAGAGGAGGAGUUGCAGCUAGAACCACUUUGUAGCGAGGUGCUUGCAUAUUUUUCAGAGCGCUUGAUUUCACAAGAGACUUUGGAGAGAAAUGCUGUCAAGCAGAGAAAAUAUGAUGAUCAGAUUGUUAUUGCAUUCACCUAUCAUCGAAAUGGAGCACUUGUUAGUUGCAAAUAUCGAGACAUCAACAAGAACUUUUGGCAGGAAGCGAACACAGAAAAAAUCUUAUACGGAUUGGAUGACAUAGAGGGACAAAAUGAUAUUAUCAUUGUUGAAGGUGAAAUGGACAAGCUAGCAAUGGAAGAAGCUGGCUUCCGCAAUUGUGUGAGUGUUCCUGAUGGUGCACCUCCAUCUGUCUCCUCAAAAGAGCUGCCCCCUCGUGAGAAGGAUACAAAGUAUCAGUAUCUAUGGAACUGCAAAGACCAAUUGAUGCAGGCAUCCCGAAUCAUACUUGCCACUGACGGGGAUCAACCUGGUCAAGCCUUGGCUGAGGAGCUUGCACGUCGCCUUGGAAAAGAAAGAUGCUGGCGGGUCAGAUGGCCAAAAAGAGGAAAGGGAGAUGAAAGUUUCAAAGAUGCAAAUGAGGUUCUCAUGUAUUUGGGUGCUGAUACACUGAGGGAAGCAGUUGAGAAUGCCGAAUUGUAUCCAAUACGUGGAUUGUUUAACUUCAGAGAUUACUUUGAUGAGAUUGAUGCAUAUUAUCAUCGAACCUUAGGAUAUGAAUUUGGCGUCUCAACUGGGUGGAAUAAUCUGAAUGAGUUCUACAAUGUUGUACCAGGAGAAUUGACUCUAGUAACUGGAGUUCCCAAUUCAGGGAAGAGUGAGUGGAUUGAUGCCCUUCUUUGCAAUAUUAAUGAAAUUGCUGGCUGGAAAUUUGCACUUUGUUCCAUGGAGAACAAGGUGAGCUAUUUCAUUUGUGAUUUUCAAAAUUUGGGUUUGCUAUGCAACGUUUUUUCAGAAAAGCCUUUCUUUGAAGCGCGUUAUGGUGAACAUACUGAACGGAUGUGUUUGGAGGAAUACGAACAAGGCAAGCUCUGGCUAAGUGAUACUUUCUUUCUCAUAAGGUGUGAAGAUGAUUCCCUUCCAAGUAUAAAGUGGGUUCUUGACCUUGCAAAAGCAGCUGUAUUAAGGCAUGGGGUGCGUGGACUUGUGAUUGAUCCUUAUAAUGAGCUUGAUCAUCAACGACCUUCGAACCAGACUGAAACUGAAUAUGUAAGUCAGAUGCUUACCUUAAUCAAACGUUUUGCCCAAUUUCAUGGAUGCCAUGUUUGGUUUGUUGCACAUCCCAGGCAGCUUCAUAAUUGGACUGGUGGUCCUCCUAAUCUGUAUGAUAUAAGUGGAAGUGCACACUUCAUAAAUAAGUGUGACAAUGGAAUUGUUAUCCAUCGUAAUCGGGAUCCAGAGGCUGGGCCAAUUGAUCAAGUUCAGGUGUGUGUUCGAAAGGUACGGAAUAAGGUCGCUGGGACAGUAGGUGAUGCCUUACUGUUGUAUAAUAGGGUAACUGGCGAGUUCACGCCAGUUUAUAAAAAGAGUAAGCAUUGAAACAAGUACGUCUUGAAAUGAUGUUACCACCAAUGGAACAUGGCUAUGGUGUGACAUCUUAUGCUUUGCAGGAUUUGAAUGUAUUAACAUGUAAUUUUCACCAGAUUAGGUUUUUGUAUCUUAGGAAUAUAUCUUAGAAAUUUAAUUUAGUUGUUAUGCGUAAUAGUUGUACAGUACAGAUAUAGAUGGUUGUUACCUUUGUAAUGACCGUUGGAUCCCGAUUGAAUGAAGGGUUGAAGGGUAGUGCAGUUAGAGAAGAUUGUAGUUCUCAAUCCUAUUAGAAUUUUACUCAGACUACUAAUCGGUUCUGUUUUCGAAUGUUCUAAGACAAGUUCCCAGGAAUAAUUCCCUGGUUGAUAUUAUAUUCAUCUUGAGUAGUAGCCGUCAUGCCAAA